UUUUUUCUAUUUAAAUUAUUAUACAAACUCGAGCUAAUUGACACGAAUCAACCGAGGCACCCAGGGCCCACAUCAGCCUUUUCAGUCUCCACGUUUCCAAGUAGUUGCCAGGCCACUUGACCGUCUACUCUGCUAUCAUUGGCGAUAGGUAGUGUCUGUCAUGCUGGGCCACUGGCAUGGACUUUCCCUAUCCGUAUCCACUAUCUUGAAGCUCACGGUUCUGCUUUACUCAUUGGAGUUCCAUGUUGCCAUUCUCUACCCGUCUGCAAUCUACUGAACGCCUCUUCUUUGCUCGGCUUUAACAGGAAUGAAUACCACGGCCGAAAAGAAGUGUCGGCCAAGAGACAUUUUAUCAUUUUUAACAUGUACAGUGUCUUAGAUUAUUUGAUUAGAGAGACCAUUCGGAAUGAAAUUGAAAACCGGCCGCAUACAUUUUUGUGUUUCAUCGACACCGUGGAGCUCAAGGGGGGAUAUAUGCCUGACUUAUAGCCAUUUUUUUGCAGACAAAGAGAGCUACUGAGUGCUGGUUAUAAAAGACAAAAGGGGCUUGGUCACUAUCCAUGGAAAAAGUGGGCAAGAUGUGGAGCAACCUGAGGAACCGAUGCCAGACCCUCUUCCACAGCGACGGUGCGGGACCCAGUACAGAGAACAGCGUGGUGGAAGAGGACGGUAUGCACUGUGUGGCGGACCUGGGACGGGGAGAAACGUCAGGCGAGGCCCAGGCAUCUCUGGCCUCCAGCCUUUCCCGAAGCCUCUUGCCGCUUCCCGGGGUUACUGGAGGGCGACGUCACAACUGUGUGUCGGACAUCCCCCAGAUGGUAGAGAGAACCACAGACAGAAAAGACAAUGAGGAAGCGAGGGUGGCUCCUUGGGGAGUCCCUAUGGGCCGGAGAGACUCGUACUCGCGCCAUGCACCUUGGGGGGGCAAGAAAAAACACUCAUGUUCCACUAAGACCCAGAGCUCCAUGGAUACAGACAGGCGGUCGGGACGCGCGCGCGGUGCCGCUGGGCGAAGGGAGCGUCGCUAUGGGGUCAACUCCAUCCAGGAGAUGGAUGACUCUGGAGACGGGGGGCGUAGUCUGAGCACCCGCUCCCUGCGCCAGCGGCUUAGUGACACAGUGGGCCUGUGUCUCCCCCUUCCCCCCCGCCGCCGCUCCCUCUCCUCCUCCCCCCAAACCCCCACCAUCUCCAAGCGCAAGAUCCACCUGACAGAGCUGAUGCUGGAGACCUGUCCCUUCCCCCAGGGCUCGGACCUGGCCAACAAGUGGCACCUGAUCAAGCAGCACACAGCGCCUGCCAGCCCGCAUUCCUCCACGGCUCUGCUAGACGCCUUUGACCCGGCCCACCCCUCCCCCGAGGACGAGGAGGAGCGUCUGCGCGAACGCCGCAGGCUCAGCAUUGAGGAGGGAGUGGACCCCCCACCCAACGCCCAGAUCCACACCCUGGAGGCCUUGGCGCAGUGCUCCUCUCUGUACAAACUGGGACCAAAGAUGGCCCCUGGCAUUGCAGAGGCCUCUGGGGAGGGAAAGAUGGCCAGCUGCUCAGGAGGGGCGGCUGGGUCGUCGGUACAGGUGCUCGGAGGGGCUACAGCCCAGCUGGCUGACUGCGACUCGGAGGAGGACUCCACCACCCUUUGCCUGCAGGCCCUGAGGCCUAAGCUACGCCACACGUCCGGGGAUGGCCAUCUGAGCCGGAACCAGUCUGGGCCCUGGAAGGUGCACACCCAGAUCGACUACAUCCACUGCCUGGUGCCGGACCUGCUUCAGAUCACUGCGCUUCCCUGCUACUGGGGCGUGAUGGACCGCUACGAGGCAGAGGCUCUGCUGGAUGGCCGUCCUGAGGGCACCUUCCUGUUGCGCGACUCGGCCCAGGAGGACUACCUGUUCUCGGUCAGCUUCCGUCGCUACAACCGAUCGCUGCACGCCCGCAUCGAGCAGUGGAACCACAACUUCAGCUUCGACGCCCACGACCCCUGCGUGUUCCACUCGUCCACCGUCACGGGCCUACUGGAGCACUACAAGGACCCCAGCGCCUGCAUGUUCUUUGAGCCGCUACUCACGGCGCCUCUCCACCGGACCUUCCCCUCCGGCUUGCAGCACCUGGCCCGCGCCGCCAUCUGCCGCCGGACCACAUACGACGGCAUCGGCACCCUGCCGCUGCCCCCGGCCCUGCAGGACUUCCUCAAGGAGUAUCACUACAAACAGAAAGUGCGUGUGCGCUGGCUGGAGAGGGAGCCGCCACUCAAGGUCAAAUAGGGGAGCGGUAUCUGGCGGCCUGUGCGCUGCGGACGGUGUUGAAACAGAAAAAUCCCUGCCAAUCUGGAGAGGCCAUACUGAAUGAACAAAGCACUACUCAGUCAGGCAAGGAGGGGUAACUGGAGAAACAAAGAGUUAGGUGAAGUGAGCUAUCCAAGAUUCAUUCUAAUCUCGUUAUUGUUUUAGUUAUCAUUUACAUCACUUGGGAUACAUAUGUAUCAUUAUAUUCAGUACAAUGCUGCCUGGCAAGCACACAUGGUUUUUAAUGUUGAACAGGUUCUGAAAGGGAGAGCACAAGCCUUCAUGCUUUGUGUCCCUCUCACCUCUUUCAUUCUGUCAAGUGUCUGCCUGAUCCCACAGCAUGAGCUGCCUGCAUGCCCUCUCACACCCCCCCCCAGUCUCUAUCUAGGCCCACAUGGUUAGCCUGCUAUGUUGUACAGUUCACUCGUGCUGUCUAUCUUUCCUUUUCCAUUUUCUUGAUCAAGUGACUAUACUGCCUGGCGGGCAUUGUUAGGCCUCAGGUGUAAUGUUAAUCAUCGCUCUCCUGGGAGGGGGCGUCCAAGGCCACAUCCAAGGGUGCUGCUGCUACAUCCUGCCUCCGUACACCUAUAGGGAGCAGGGCAUACACAGGAGUGGGUGUGGUUACAGCGACUCCUGGGCUUUUUGAUAUCCUCACUGUGAUUUCUCUAAGCAUGAAUCAUCGUCUCCCACCGCUACUGAGUUGCCACAGAAGUGCGGCUCUUAUAAUACUAACGAUAUUUGUCCUGGUUGUUUUCUCACGUCUGUCAGUGGCUCAAACUGGCAACAGAGCAGGCACUUUAACUUGGUCUGGUUUGUUUCUGGUCCUGCGUUCUGCCUUCAUGGUGUCACACUGUGCCAUCCUCAGGGUUAACUUGUUAUAAUUCAGGCCCAUUGUUAGGUCAACGAUUGAGCCCAAUGGUAGAGUGAAUGCCAAGAGUGUGUAAAUAUGUUAUCAAGGCAAAGGGUGGCUACUUUGAAGAAUCGCAAGUAUAAAAUGUAUUUAGAUUUGGUUACUACAUGUCGGCGACAGCCAUGCGGCCCAAGUAGGCAGUGGCAUGGGGAUUUUGUCUCCAGUCUCAAAAACGUGUCUGGGACAGCUAAAUUGUGGCCAAAAUCGUGUAGGUCAAGCUGGGUGUACAUUAACUAAACUGACCAAGUUUACUCAAACACCAUACUCUUACAUAAUUCUACCCAAAAACAAUGACAAUUUCUCUCACCCAGUGGCGUAUGGGCUAUUUAGGUAUGCGCUGAUGCCACCCAGAGAUAGGCAGUAGGCCUACCCAGUUUAUCAAAGGCAGGGGGCGCAAAAUAUUGUCCAUGCCCAGCGCGCUUCACCGGUGCAGUAUUCCACCAAUGUUCAGUCAAAAUAUUAUCCAACGUAAAUCAUGUAGCCUACUGUAGAAAGUGGUGUUUGCUGUAGCCUCCAUGCUGGAGAUAAAAUGUAUGUCAAUGUCGUGAGAAGGACACUUUACUUUAUGCAGGUUUCUCCGAUCAAAUAGCCAAACCUAAAUUGCGCACAAUCGCAUGAAAAACGCUCGUCGACGUAUGACAUGUUAACAAACAACAUUUACAAAAACGGGACGAGUCAAAGUCAAAUGGACAAUAUCUGGAAAGGAAAAUCAAGCUACUCACAGCUAAUGUUCAGGGAGUUUCACCCCUUAUGCUAAAUUGACAUCAUAAUCAGCGAUUUUCAAGUUUGUAUUCGUCCAUUUUUUUUCUUCCACGAGCUGCAUCAUAGCGGGAAAAUAAAGACUUCUGCAUUUCCAGCUGUGUGAACACAUGGAUUCUCCUUGUAAAUAGGCUGAGGAUAACUCCUGAUGACGUUGGGGUAGCUUAUUCAGAGCUUAAAUAGCCCAAAUGAUUAGUCACAGGAAUCAGGACUAAUAAUGCCAAUGCAACUGCCUGUUUUACAAACGGUAGGCCAACCACAUGGAUGGACAUUCAUAAAAUUCCGUUGCGGGCCAACAUUGUAAGGGAGGGCAGCAAUUUUUUUUGGUCUCAUCUAGGGCGGCAUAAUGGCCAGGAAAGGGCCUGCUUCGCAUUGUCACUGCUAGCCAUGUCCUAUAAUAACCCAGCAUAUUGUGAGAGCUGGCAUCAGGAGGACAAAUACAACAAAGCGUAACCUAUGUGCCUUUCAUUAGAGCCUCCUGUUUGAAUCCAUACUUUUUAGGGACUUUUUUAAUCUACUUUGAACUCUUGAGCCUAGCGCAUGGAAUACUCCAGCAGCACUUCCCAUUCAUGUAGCCCUUUAAAUGAGGGCGAGGAGGAAAACGAAUGAUGAAGAACAGGGGAUGACGCGUGAGCUCCGAGCUUGCUCUCUAAUGUUCAUUGGUGCACAUUUUGAUUUAAAAAAAAAUAUAUAUAUUUUUCAAUUGAACUUAAUCAAGAACAUUUUGUCAAUCCGUUAGAAUAAUUAGCGGGCUUCACUUAUAAAACUCAUUGGGUUUAAUAGAUGUGUGGGGCAAGGCAGCGUCAGGUCCCGGAGGACUUGGACACUGAACAAGCUUUCGAACUGUACACCUAUAGAGGCGAGCAUAGCCACGGGGUCUAUCAAAUCUAUGAAAAUUAGGAAGCUUACAUGUUUAUGGAAAUAUUAUCUGACAAUGUAUACUAAUAUAGCUCUUAACGAAUUAUCGUUGCGAUAUCAGUGAUCCUUUUUUAUCCUGGUCAGAAAGGCAACUCUCAAAUCCGGAGGAAGGACCGUGAAUGAUCAAAUGUGGAAUGAAUGCGUAGGAUUAUCUUAUUCAUGAGCAUCUGUGUCUGACCAAAGCGCUAUUAUUCAACGGUGAUGCACACAACCUGUAUUGUUGUCUAGGGCUCUUUUUAAAAUGACAAUACAGAAUUGUAUUUCAAAACUUAACAAACGUUUCAAUGGCAGCCAAUCAAAGCUUGGGAUGGAUACAGCAAUUCCAUGGUAACAGAAUUAAGAUGAAAAUUAAAUUAAAAUCUAUAUGAAACGAAAACUUUGAUUUCAAAGUUUAGUAAACCAUAUAACUCUCUGCACAAUGACUACUUUUAACAAUUUCCACAGAAAAUGUUUUGUAGGAAGAACUGUGCAGAUGCAAAGUUUGGUAACAGAAUAAAAACUGAGGGAGAUUAUACCAUAACUAUGUUACCUAACUUUAUCUGCAGUUUUUUCAGUAAAUAGAUAUAUAUAUAUAUAUCUAUAUAUAUAUAUAUAUAUCGUUUUUUUCUUGUGUUCAAUUCUUCAAAGUAGUCAUUGUGCAUAGAGUUGUAUGGUUUGUUAAAUCAAUGGUUUUUGUUUGGCAUACAUUUUAAAGUGAGUCUCAGCAUAAUUCAGUUACCGUGAAAUUGCCCAUAUCCCGAUAAUGCCUGAUUGGCUGAAGUCUACAGGACAUGCGCUGUUACCAGGUAGAAACAGAGACGAGCCCCCAAAGCCUCACACCUCAGUCUUGGAACUGCUUUUAAUGACUAACUCAUUGUUCUAUAAUAACAGUGUACUAAUGAAAGGUAAUGUGUUGUGUGUGUUAUGGUUUGGAGGCAGAAGGGCAGGAAAGUGUUUAAUUGUUAAGGGUCGAUUAGUAUAAUGAUCAAAUCAACAAUGUUUUUUUAUAUAUACAGUGGGGCAAAAAAGUAUUUAAUCAGCCACCAAUUGUGCAAGUUCUCCCACUUAAAAAGAUGAGAGGGGUAAUG